AUGGGCCGGCGGUUAAAGGAGAGACGGCGACGGCGAGCUCAGGACGAAGAAGACGACGAGCGAAAAGCAAAGCAGCAACAACAACUAGAAGAAGGAGAAGGAGAAGAAGAAGAAGAAGGAGACGACAAUGGUCGGUCAAUCGCAGGGAGAUGCAAGGCACCGCAUCGCCGCUGGUUUCUUUUCUUUUCUCUUCUUCUUCUCCUGAUUUCAAGGAGGCGACGGGGACUGACUUGGGACUUUUUUUUUUUUGACUGCGCGAUCCCUGGCUGGCUUCUCUCUCUCUCUCUCUCUCUCUUUCUUUUUUUUUUUCCUUUUUUUUUUUUUUACUCUCUUCUUUUUUUUCGCCGGCUUCUUCGUCUCUUCCUCGCCAAUCAAGGCCAGCAGGACUUCCCGCUUCCAAGAAUAGCCGCAGCCACCAGAUCGAUCGCAGGGCCAGACGAGAUGCAUAACGGGAUACACAUAUAUAUCUAG